CCCCCCUGCAGGAUGGGGGGGUGGGGGGGUAUCCCAGUCGCUCCCAGUUUUCGGGCCCGAGGCUGGUCCCCGUAUCCCAGGGGUUGGGGUCCCCAUUUUCCAGGGAUUUCCCCGUGUCGCAGGGAUUGGGAGUCUUGUAUCCCAGGGAUUGGGGUUCCCAGUGUCCCAGAGAUUGGGGUCCCUUGUAUCCCAGGGAUUGGGGGUCCCCUGGGAUGGCCUGGGGCUGGUCCCUGUAUCCCAGGGAUUUCCCUGUGUCCCAGGGAUUGGGGUUUCCUGUAUCCCAGGGAUUGGGGCCCGAUAUCCCAGGGAUUUCACCGUGUCCCAGGGAUUGGGGGUCCCUGUAUCCCAGGGAUUGGGGGUUCUGGUAUCCCAGGGAUUGGGUGUCCUGGUAUCCCAGGGAUUGGGGUUCCCUGUGUCCCAGGGAUUGGGGGUCCUGUAUCCCAGGGAUUUGGGUUCCCUGUAUCCCAGGGAUUGGGGGUCCUGUAUCCCAGGGAUUUGGGGGUCCUGGUAUCCCAGGGAUUGGGGGUCCUGGUAUCCCAGGGAUUGGGGGUCCCCCAGGAUGGUCUGGGGCUGGUCCCCAUAUCCCAGGGAUUGGGUGUCCUGGUGUCCCAGAGAUUGGAGUUCCCUGUAUCCCAGGCAUUGGGGUCCCCAUAUCCCAGGGAUUUGGGGUCCUGGUGUCCCAGGGAUUGGGGUCCCAGUAUCCCAGGGAUUGGGUGUCCCCAUAUCCCAAGGAUUGGUUGUCCUGGUAUCCCAGAGAUUGGAGUUCCCUGUAUCCCAAGGAUUGGAUGUCCUGGUAUCCCAGGGAUUGGGUGUCCCAGUAUCCCAAGGAUUGGGUGUCCUGUAUCCCAGGGAUUGGGUUCCCCCGGGAUGGGGCACAGCCGGUUUGUGCCCCCCCCUCCCCCCCCACUGUACUCUCGGCACAAUAAAGGCCUUUGGGGCCGGGCGGCUCCUGAACUGGGAACACUGGGAAUACUGGGAAUGCCGGGAGGGGCACAUGCCUCCCUGUCCCGAGGGCUCCUGAGGCCGCCGGAGCCGCCGGAUUCCGGCGCCAAGGAAAAUCCCUGGAGCUGCCAGGCCGGGGCGGUGCCGGAGCCUCCGGAGCCGCUCCCGCCCCAUCCAUGA